AAUCUGACAUCAAGGCCCAUCUUAAAAAACACAUUUGUUUAUACUUUCAUUCAUCAAAACACCAACCAAAACAAACACUUCUCCCUUUCUUCUUCCCCAAGCCACACUUUCUCUCGGAAAAAUGGGGCAAAACAGCAGCGGGCUGAACCGACAAGGCGGGCCCCCGGGCGACCGUAAACAAGACGGCGACAAAAAGGACAAAAAGUACGAUCCACCUGCCCCGCCAGCCCGAGUGGGCCGUAAACAGCGGAAGCAAAAGGGGCCCGAUGCGGCGGCCCGUAUACCCGUUGUAACUCCACUAACAAAGUGCAAGCUUAGAUUGUUAAAGCUUGAAAGAGUGAAAGAUUACCUUCUAAUGGAGGAAGAAUUUGUGGCCAAUCAGGAACGACUUAAACCUCAGGAAGAGAAAACUGAGGAAGAUCGUUCUAAAGUGGAUGAUAUUCGUGGCUCCCCAAUGAGUGUAGGCAGUUUAGAGGAGUUGAUUGAUGAGAAUCAUGCUAUUGUUUCGUCUUCCGUCGGUCCCGAGUAUUAUGUUGGUAUCUUAUCCUUUGUUGAUAAGGAUCAAUUGGAGCCUGGAUGCUCGAUCUUGAUGCAUAAUAAGGUUCUUUCUGUGUUUUUACUUCAAGAUGAAGUUGAUCCAAUGGUCUCUGUAAUGAAAGUUGAGAAGGCUCCUUUAGAAUCAUAUGCUGACAUUGGUGGUUUGGAUGCUCAAAUACAAGAGAUCAAAGAAGCGGUUGAGCUACCGUUGACUCAUCCUGAACUAUAUGAAGACAUUGGUAUUAGGCCUCCCAAGGGAGUCAUACUAUACGGGGAGCCUGGUACUGGGAAAACUCUACUUGCAAAGGCAGUGGCAAAUUCGACAUCAGCUACCUUUCUACGUGUUGUUGGUAGUGAGUUGAUCCAGAAGUAUCUUGGUGAUGGUCCAAAAUUGGUCAGGGAGCUCUUCAGAGUAGCUGAUGACCUUUCACCAUCUAUUGUUUUCAUAGAAAUCGACGCAGUUGGGACAAAGAGGUAUGAUGCUCAUUCUGGUGGUGAGCGCGAAAUUCAGCGGACUAUGUUAGAACUUCUCAAUCAAUUAGAUGGCUUUGAUUCAAGAGGAGAUGUCAAAGUCAUCCUUGCAACAAAUAAAAUCGAAAGCCUCGACCCAGCUUUGCUUCGUCCUGGACGAAUAGAUCGGAAAAUUGAGUUCCCACUUCCUGAUAUCAAAACAAGGAGAAGAAUUUUUACGAUUCACACGUCAAGAAUGACACUGGCUGAUGAUGUCAAUCUAGAAGAAUUUGUUAUGACCAAGGAUGAGUUUUCUGGUGCUGAUAUAAAGGCCAUUUGCACUGAAGCUGGUUUACUAGCACUGAGAGAACGCCGUAUGAAGGUUACACAUGCGGACUUUAAGAAGGCGAAAGAUAAGGUCAUGUUCAAGAAGAAAGAAGGUGUGCCAGAAGGACUUUAUAUGUGAAGUAUUUACAUCUGUUAUUAGGCGAAUCUACUUGGUGACCUGGGUGGCAUCACCCCCCCAAAAUACUCUUUUUCCUGCGUCAGACCAACUGCAAAAUAGUUUAAAUGAAAUCUCCGCGUUGUAUUGUUGCUUAUCCUGAGGUACCCCAGUGGUUAAAACAGAUAUCUCGUGGGGUUGCGUGUUCGACUUUGGAUGCAGCCAUACUUGCUUAUUACUUUUUCCCAUUUCGUCAAAUUAGUACUGCUAAGUGCUACCCAAAUGAAAAUUCAAUAUACUAUGUUUCUUUCA